UAGUGAAAUGGUUUUUAAGGCAGCAAUAGGACUAAAACAUUUAGUUUUGUUGUACAUGUUGUCCAUGGUUUUCAGUCUUGUUAUCUAGUUGUUCUGUCUGUUUUUAUGUGGGAAUUUGGAGAGAUCCUAAAACAACGUCCUGUAACACCCUUUGCCAAAACCUUCCCAGAAUCCGCUCUGACAUUAGAUUAUAAGUUUCUUCUAGGAUAGACCUCAGUCAAGACCUAUGAAACCACCAGGAAGUGUAAUUCAGAACCAGAACAGAACAUAGGGAAUUUAUAGCUUCCGCCUAUGAACUUUGGUCUUUUAAUCAGCCCUGUAUGAAAAUAGACUCUCCUCUCCACAUUUUCUGCCCCAGCCUCAUCGCAGCUCACAGUGAGAAAGUUAAAAACCCGUGAGUUAGAUGUUAGUUUCCUGGAUAACGCUGGGCAACCCAAUUCUCCAGAACCAGGUUGGUAGGAGCAUCAAUUAAAAUUUCCAACAAUCAUAACUCUUUCAAAAAAAGUCAGAGUGAAUCAUGUGGGCACUGCAGGCAAGCUAAUAGUCUGGCCAGUUAAAAGCCACUCAUUCAUUCAUAAAACUGUUUAUUGAGUGUUUAUUAUGACCCAGGCACCUAGAUAUUCGGACAAUAUACACCAGUAAUUAAAGCAAACAUCCCCACUCUUGAGGAAGUUAAAUUCAGGUGGCUUAUAUUCUUUAAAUAUUUGUCCAGUGGUCUUUCUACUGUUACUUGAGCAUGCUCCUUGGGAGCUGCCCACCUCACUUCCAGCUCCCUACACAACUUUCAGCACACUCCCUGAAGAGUCCUGGUCAAUACCAUUUUAUUCAUUUCAUUACUUUUUCGGGAAUGGCAGAAAGUCCCUUGGAAAUUGGUUUCUCCGGAUGCUGCCCAACUAGUCUUUCUUUUAAUCCAAUACUGAUUUCAGAGUCACCAGCGUUAAAACCAAAAUGUGGCAGGCAGUUGAGGGGAGUAAUGAAGUGCUGGAUUUAAAUUAUUUUCAAUUAAAAAUGAAAGUUACUUAGGGAGGUGCUUUAACAUUUCCAAUCACCACAGAAUUCUGUAAGGGGCUACUUUGUUAGAUUAGUAAGAAUUUUGGACCUUUGUGUGUAUAGGAGGGUAGGGAGAUGAGAGGAAAAGGAGAUGAGUAAUGGAAGUUGUUAAAAGAUGAAAAGGGCAAGAAUGAAAGCCCAUCUUCUCAACACCAACAACUUAGGCAAAUCUAGUAUUUUAGUAGGUUCUUCGUGUGCAACCUGGAAAUGUACAUUAACAGGAAACUUUCUACCUACUCCUUGACUCUCCUUUUCCCAUCCUUGUGUCUGCUGGGAUCUGCCAGUGGGUGGAAGAUAUUGUCAUUGUUUAUAAUGCUCAUAAGCCUGCAUGGAUGUGAAUGACAUAUAUUUAGAAAUCAAAAUAAAGCUUUAGGAAGAUCUUCAAUUUAAUUGAAACUAGUCUAGUCAUUUGGGAACCACAAGAGCUUUUUAGGGAAAAUCUGCUUCUGUAAGCUGGAGGAAGUGUGGGUGUACUGGAGUCCCGGUCACACCUUGUGAUGUCAGUCACCCCCAGGCCGCAGCUGAUUGGCUGGGAAGAGCCGAAGCAGAGUUUAAAUUCCUGCACCAUCAAAGAAGUGUUCAGAACCUCAACACAAGAGUGGCUUCAUUGUCACAGAUUUCCUCUGUGAGAACAUCAGCCUGAUUGUUGAGACAUUUGGGGCAAAGCCUUUGUGAAACUGAAGAAGGUAGAGGUGACAUACCCAGCAAUGAAGACCAGCAUCCUGCUUAUGUUCUUGUGGGGAUUGUCCUGUGCUCUCCCAGUUGCCAGGGAUCAAAAUACUGAAUCUAAGAGUUCUGAAGAAUGGAAGGGUCAUUUGGCUCAGACACCAACACCACCUUUGGAGAGAAGUGAGUCAUCAGAAGAAAGUAAAGUUAGCUCAGAGGAACAGGUAAAUGAAGACUCCAGCGACAGCACUGAAUCAGAGGAGGGCCUGGGCCUUGAUCAUCAGCAAUACAUUCAUAGACCAGCUGGUGGCCUUUCUAGGAGUGGAGGGAAAGAAGGAGAUGAUAAAGAUGACGAUGAAGACGAGAGUGGAGAUGACACCUUGGCUGAUGAUGACAAUGGCCCAGGACCUGAAGAGAGGCGAGGAGGGAACUCCCGACUCGGAAGUGAUGAGGAGUCCUCUGACACCACACGAUCCGCGGAGGAGAGUGUCCCACAGGGGGAAGACAGCGCCCAAGACACCACCAGUGAGAGCAGGGACUUCGGCAGUGAGGACGAGGGGCCCAGCAGGCCUGAGGGAGGCGACUCCACUCCAGACAGCGAGAGUGAAGAGCUCUGGGUGGGAGGCGACAGUGAGGGGGUUAGUAGCCACGGGGAUGGCUCUGAGUUUGACGACGAAGGAAUGCAGGGCGAUGGCCCGGACACCUUCAGGAGUGAGAGAAGCAAUUCCAGAAUAAGCAGUGCCAGCCUCAAGUCAAAAGAUUCGAGAGGGAACAAAAAGGAGCAAGCAAGCACUCAGGAUUCUGGUGAAAGCCCAUCAGUGAGGUAUCCCAGUAGGAAAUUCUUCAGAUCAUCUCGCAUCUCCGAGGAAGAUGGCAGAGGUGAGCCUGAUGGUAGCAACACAAUGGAAGAAAGCAAGAGUGACUCCACAGAACACCCCGACUCCAAAGAGGCUGGUCUCAGCCAAUCCAGGGAACACAGCAAGAGUGACUCUCAACAGGAGAGCGAGGAGAAUCGGUCCCCGGAAGACAGUCAGCAUGGCCAAGACCCCAGCAGUGAGUCUAGUCAAGAGGUUGACCUGCCUUCUCAAGAAAACAGUAGUGAAUCUCAGGAAGAGGUAGUGAGUGAGUCCAGAGGUGACAACCCCAAUAACGUUACCAGUCACUCAAAAGAACAGGAAGCUAGUGACUCCAGUGAAGAGGACAGCUUGGAUAAACCCUCCAGUUCAGAGAGCAAAUCCAGAGAGGAGCAAACUGACAGCGAAUCCAGUGAGAGCACCAGGUCCUCGGAGGAAAGCCCGGAGUCCACUGAAGAGGAGAACAGUUCCAGCCAGGAGGGCCCCUGGUCUCCCAGCGCCUCAACAGAGAGCCAGAGCCAGGAAAGCCAGGACAGCCCGUCUGAGGAAGAGCAGGGCAGCGAUUCUCAGGACAGCAGCUCAACCGAGAGCACAUCAAGCAGCGAGGAAGAAAUCCAGUCCAAAAACACUGAGAUGGAAAGCAGAAGAUUAACAGUCGAUGCUUAUCACAACAAACCCAUCGGGGAUCAAGAUGACAAUGACUGCCAAGACGGCUAUUAGCGCGGGCGCUCCUCGGUGCCUCUCGCACACAGGUGUCUUGGGGGCUGGAGACUAAGGAGAUCAUUAUAACUGUAAUUUAUUGAUGUUUGUGUCAGAAGAAUAACCAGAGACCAUUCCUUUAUGAAAGGAAAUACUGGACAUUAUACUUCUUUCUAGGAUGUCACCAAAUCAUAGAGGUUUCAAUAACGGGGAAUUUCACUAGAAUACCCUCAAUGAGACCCGAAGCAAGGAAAGAUGUGCAUUAUAGCUUCACAGCUGAAAUAGUUCCUAACUCAUUAACCUAACACACAGUUAUUGAGAUUCUGUGAGGUACCAGGCACUGUGCUAGGUGCUGGGGAUAUAAAGAAGCUUCAGACUUGGUUCUUGCUCCUGACAAGCUUCUGGAGGGAUAAAUAAAGCUAAAGAGGGAUACAUAUGACGGAAGCAAGAAUUACUACUAUCCAGUGGGGUGAGUCCUAUAACACAGGUAUGAACAGAAUAUAUGGGAGCACAGAGCGGGGACCAACUUUGCCUUAGAGAAUCAGAGAAGGCUUCACAGCAGAAAAGACACUGGAGUUGGAGCAUUGCAUAGGGUUUCUCCAUUUAAGACAAGACAAUUCUAUUUAUUCUUGGUAUAAGCAAUAGAAAAUCCUGUAUGAAUAAAUAUUUAGUUUGUGAAAGCACUUUCAAAUUAUGGCACAGUGAGGUGUUUUGGAUAAGUAAAACUUUUUUUUUCAAUUAAUUGAUCCUUUUCAAUGUUUUUUGUGGAACUCCAGUGAGAAUCACCUCCCUGACCACUGGUGAUGUGCAGGAAUGGGUUGGGGAGCGUGGAAAAAGAAAAUUCCUCUUUAAAUAGACAACUUUCAGCUUACUUUUUUCUAAGAUCAGUCUAUGUGCAAUGUUAGAAAACCUGUUCUCAGAGUCCUCUGCCUGUGUCGCACGUAGCAAAAUUGUGUGUAUAGA